AUGGCCUCCAUCGGCACUCUCUACACCUUGCCCACCCAGGGGUCAGGCCAGCGCAUUCGCGCCGUUGCCGCGCUCAACGGACUUCAGGUGGACUUGCCUGAAGGUUACGUCCAUCACCAGGACAACGACAAGCCUGAGUUUCGGGCCAAGUUUCCACAUGGGAAGAUUCCCGCGCUCGAUGGCGCAGAUGGCUUCAAACUCUUCGAAUCGACCGCGAUCGCGCGUUACAUUGCUGGUCUUGCUCCCAACUCCACUCUGCUGGGCUCUGACCUGAAGGAGUCCGCUCUUGUGGAUCAGUGGGUCUCGUUCGCCGACAGCGAGAUCGCCGCAAACACGACCUUCAUCUACCAGCUUGUAAAGGGCGCCUUUGGCACUUACGUUAAGCCGAUCCACAACACUUUCAUUGAGCGCCAAAUCCGGGCUCUCAAAACCCUCGAGGCGCACCUCUCCACGCGUACUUUCCUUGUCGGCGAGCGCAUCACGCUCGCCGAUAUUAGCGUGGCCUCCGUCAUCAAACGCGCUGCCAUGGUGGACCUCGACGCGUCCCUCCGCGCGAAGUUCCCUAACGUCAUGCGCCACUGCGAGACUGUCGUCAACCAGCCCAAGUUGAAGGACAUCUUCGGCCCGAUGCAGUCCAUCGACAAGGCGCUCACGUAUGUCCCUCCCCCCAAGGAAAAGAAGUAG